CGGUUCUCUGCAGCAGCUUCUUCAUCAAAGAAAGAAGCCCAAGAAAGAUCAUCACUCCCAAUUCAUAAAGUUUUCAAGCUUCCUUCUUCCUUGCCCCCAUGGCCUUCAUCUUCCUCCUCCUCAUCAUCAGGUUAUAUUAGCUCCUUCUUAAUUAAUAACUUCUUACACAUUAUAUAUAUUAUUUCAUUUCUUAUGAGUACCCAUCCGGCCAGUAUAUAUACCAAUAGUGAAAAUAUAUAUAUACCAUUAUUUUUUAUAUUAAAAAAAAAGAUUUCUUGUUCUAGAAAAAUUCAUGCCCUUACUUCUAAACUUAUGCGAUAUUGCUUACUUCCACAUUCAGAAAAUACUACUCGAUAUAUAAUUGCAUUUCACCCAAAAAAUGAUAUGUAUACAUUGGUUUUAGACAGUAAUAGUAGUAUUAAUUAUAGUAUUGUUUGUUUAUUACCCCCUAAUCAACUUGUAUUAUUAAGUCGAUUCAAUUCCAACUUGUGUUAAAAAUGUUUCUUAUAAAUACUCUCUUGUAUUUUUGGUCAGUCUUAAUCUAUUAUUCCAACAACUACUAUGUUAUGUCAAGAGAAUAUUUUGGAUAGACACAUUUUAUGGUGCUGAUGAAAAAUUAAACAUGGAGAAAAUGUCCUACUCCAAUUAUUAAAACUCAAGGGGUAAUUUAUAUAUCGAUUACUUUUCUCUUCAAUUUUUUAUGGCAAUUGAUAUCUACACUCCAUAAUUUACUAGCUGCACUCCACUUUUUUUAUUUUUUAAAAGAUUGACAAUUUUGCCCUUUCAAUUACAAAUACCUCGUUUUCAUCAUCCCUUUACAUCAUUAAUAUUUAUAUUAACUAUUUAACAAGAUUUACAAUUUUGAGGAUUAAAUUAUACUAAUUUAUACUUAUUUUUUAGGGAAAUACUUAUUUAACAAAUUUUAUAAUAUUGUUGUAAUUUUUUUAUGUAUUUAGAAACACACCAAAUAGUUAUUUUAAUUAGUGCACCGUAUCAUAAAGUCUUAAAAUAAAAUUAAAUAUACUACAAUUAAUUGAAAAAUUUCAAAAAAAAACGCAAUUCUAUCAAAGAAUUAUUAUCAUAUUUUUCUCCCACACUUUUGAAAAUUGGCAUGGAAUAAAAAAAUUUACAUUUUUAAAAAUGUAUCAAAUGUUCUACGGAACCAGAGGUGAUAUUACGGAGUUCUAUAUUAUUUUAUCAAAUAAGUAACGAGAACCAGAAAAGAGUAAUUAAGAUUUGAAGGGAUGGAGUAUCAUGUUAUCUUACUCAAAGUGGUCAUCCAAAACUAAAAAAUUUUAUAUAUUUAGAAAUAUUAACAAAGUUUUUUAGCAAAUUAAAACAUGAUUGACGAUUUUAUUAUAUCAAAAAAUCAUGAAAGUAUAUACUUUGACAAAUUUAUUUUAGGCAAAUUAUGCUACAUUUGCUUAAUGUUGAGAUGAACAUGCUUAUUAUAAAUUUAAAAAAAAAGACACAGAACUACUUUUAUGUGAGAAAGUCCACGGGAUUUAUUUUUGGAACUUAGGUUCAACAAAUAAGCACUCUUCAUUUUGCUUCAUCUGUCUAAAAAAGAAUUUUGCAUUUGAUUUUUCUCAAUCCAAUUUUACAUUUGAUUUUUCUCAAUAAAAUUUUAUAUUGUUUUGAUCACGUUUUGAGAAAAAUGAAUGUAGGAUGAAAAUGGGGUCUUCUAGUUAAAAGGUUAUUAUUGUCCAUCUAUUAAAAAAAUAUAAAAUGUGGAGUGCCAUUAGUAAAUUAUGGAGUGUAGAUAUCAACUCCCAUUUUUUAUAUGGAUACUUUAACACUACCCUCAAGUGGGUAACGAGACGAUUUUGAAUCGAGUUGGUUGAUCACUUGCAACAGACCACAGAUCGCUGGGUUACUGGGUAUGAACUUUUAGGCGAACAAUCGAGUUAUAUGAGCCACAUACCGUUUUUUCGAACGGACAACUGUGCUAAAAACUAACGGGCCGCUAAAAAUGGAUUUCUAGACAAAUAACUUAACAAAUGAGGUAGGCUAAAACUGACUCUGAUACCAUGACACAUUUGAGUUGAACCACAUUAAAAGAUUAAAUUAAAUUAAGUACUUAGUUUAACUCAAAAUUUAUAUAUCGAUUACUUUCUCUUAAUUUCUGGUGUGGGAUACUCUAAGAGAAAAAUUCAAUAGGAUAAUCAAUGCACCAAACUCCCUUCUUCUCUCCAAAUAAAGUUCUACAUUUGUUCAUAGUACACAUUAAUAAGGGUAAAGUUGUGUACGUGUCUGAACAUUCAAUAAUACACAUUAAUAAGGGUAAAGUUGUGUACGUGUCUGAACUUUCAAUAAUGUAAAGGUGAUAUCAAUUAAAGUGUACAUCCUCCAACCCACAAAAAAAUUGUUUUGAUUUUUUGUCAAAUUUUGAUAUUCUUUGAUUAAUAAUUAAAAAUAAUUUAAGUAAAAAACGUCAUAAAAAUUUUGUUAGAUGAAAACUACUCCGUAUAUUCUAAGAUGAAACUAAUUAUUUUGAAUUUACAUUAAAAUUAAAUAUACUUUUCUUACAACUUAUGGUCAAAGAAUGUCAUUGUUUAAUUAAAAAACCAAAACAAAAAAGUUUUUCUAGGACGUAAUAGGUAGUAUGAAUAAUAUACUAUGUUUCUUUGGAAAGAAGGUGCAAUCUCUUUUGAAAUAAAUAAUAAAAGAAAAUGUGAAACUUUUUUAUAUACCCUAGUAACAAAAGAAAUGUUAUAUCUCCGUUCAAAACUUUUUCCUUGUUUUGACUAUUUAUAGGCAAACUGAAAAACUUUGAUGAUUAGUUAAAUGCAAUCUAAAUUAGAUAAUAGCUAUUGAUAUAAGAACAAAUUUAUUAGAUUUAUUUGGUCAAAUGCCAAACUAUUUGAGAGUAAAAACCAAAGUUGGAUAUAUAUUCUAGGACGGAUGGGGUAAUUGGUUUGUUAAACAAACAAAUGAAUUGAACAACUAAUUCCAAACAUGUAUUCCUCCUGUCCUAGAAUAUUUGUUAGUUUUGACUUUUUGUAGUCAGCUAAAAUCGAUCUUUGAGCUAUUAUUAAAUUACCAAAUACAUGGUAUAAAAAUUUGAUAAAAUAAUUUGGAAAUAUUUUACCAUAUAAAUCUGAUUAAAUCAUUAUUUCUAAUAUAAAUUUUAUUUAAUUAAUUAGUUGUCAAAAUAUAUCAAUUUUGAUAGAAAAAAGAAAAAAUGAACAAAUACUCUAGGAUAGUGCUACUGUGCUAGUAAAUUUUUUUUAAAAAAAGUAAAUAAUUAAAUUCGGAGACAAUACAAUCACUUUAUCUACCUAAAAGAAGAGGGUGUUUGAGAGUGAUUAACUUGUAGAUAAAGUGAUUUGCACGAAAGCUGAAAGCAAAAGUAUCUCAUAACUGCUUCUCUGAAACAGUGUUCUAUGUACAAAAUAAUGGUGCAGAAAAAGUAAAACCCGACAUGCCAAACGAAGUAAAACCAUUUACACUAAAAAAAAGAAACCUAAUUCUUAAAAGCAUCGCAUUGCCAAACAUAUUCUCGAAGUAUGUGGGCUUAGUAGCAAAAAAGUCUCCCAAGUUUCUACACAUCUAUUGAACUGUAUUCACAUCUCUUUAAAGUUGAAGACUUUUUGAAAAGUUGGGAAAAAGACUCCCUUCCUCUUAGAAAUUCUAAUUACUAUAUUGGCCUAUCGAUGACUUUGACUUCAUUGUAUAAUUUUGAAAUACAAAAUUUGUGCAUUUUUAGAAUAAAGUAUCAAGUUGUUCUUCUAAUUCUUUAUUACGUCCCCCUUUCUAUUUAAUUUCCUACAUAUAUGUCAUAAAGUUGUUAUAUGGUGACACAGUCUCUCUUACAUGAGAUUUUUACACUUAUCAUGGAAUAUUGAGGUUACAUUCAGUUUCUCCCAAAAAUCUAUUGUCAAGACCAGUAAUUACUAAUUAGAGAUUGGGAUUCAGUUUUAUUUUUUGUUCCAUAAAACUAAAACCGAUGGGGUUAGGCAAAUACUCAAUCAAACUGUAGAGGAGUUUCAUUUAUAUACUUCUCUUUGUACCAAUGUACAGGUGGUGGCGGUGGGUUUGGGAGCGGACAUAUUGAUCUCGGGGGGCUCCAAGUGUGCCAAAUUUCAACAUUCAACCCGGUCUGGUCAACCUACGACGGCGGCCCAGACAACCUAGGAGCAACAAUCUUCGAGCCUUCCCCAUUACCGGACGGAUAUUCCAUCCUGGGCUACUACGCGCAGCCAAACAACGAACCAUUGUUCGGUUGGGUCCUCGCCGGCCGAGACAUCUCCCCCGCCGGCGGCGUAGUCCUCAGGCAGCCGAGCGAUUACGCGCUGGUUUGGACCAGCGAGUCCUUGAAAAUCAGUCAAACCAAACCGGCAUAUGUCUGGGUGCCCGUCCCGCCCGAGGGUUACAGGGCUGUCGGGCACGUUGUCACGACGUCGCCGGAGAAGCCACCGGCGGACCGGGUCAUGUGCGUCCGGGCAGAUUUCACGGAGGAAUGUGAAACUGAGACUUGGGUUUGGUCGCCGGGGAAGUCGUCUAGUGAUCCCAAUGGUUUUAAUCUCUACCUUCUGAGACCGCGCAAUAACAGAGGUACGAAAGGACUUGGAGUGAGUGUGGGCACAUUUGCAGCAGCUCACAACAACAACAACAACAAGACUGCAACACUAUCAUCUCUAUCUUGUCUGAAAAACAACAAUUCCACGCCAUUUUCAUCCAUGCCUAACCUCGUCCAAAUCAAAGCCCUCUUCCAACAAUACUCCCCCGUGCUCUACUUCCACCCCAAGGAAACUUACCUUCCAUCUUCCGUCAACUGGUUCUUCGCAAACGGCGCCGCCCUUCACAAGCGCGGAGACCAGUCCAACCCCGUCCCCGUCCUCCCCGACGGGGCAAAUCUCCCCCACGGCGGUUCAGACGACGGCACCUACUGGCUCGACCUCCCCUCCGGCGAACCCGCCCGUAGCGCCGUCAAGAAAGGUGACCUCGAGAGCUCCGAGGUUUACCUUCACGUGAAACCCAUGCUGGGCGGCACGUUCACGGACGUCGUCGUAUGGGUCUUUUACCCCUUCAACGGUCCGGCCACCGCCAAGGUCGGUCCGGUUGACGUGCCGCUCGGCCGGACCGGCGAGCACGUGGGGGACUGGGAACAUCUCACUCUGAGGAUCAGCAACUUCGAUGGGGUCUUGUACAGGAUGUACUUCUCCGCUCACAGCGGAGGCGCGUGGGUGGACGCCCGGCGGCUCGAGUUCGUCGACGGCGGCGGGAACAGGCCGGCGGCAUACGCUUCGCGUAACGGGCACGCGAAUUACUCGAAGCCGGGCGGGGUGUUGCAGGGGCUGGGGGACGAGGUGGGGCUGAGGAAUGACACCGCCAAGGGAGGGUUGGUUUUGGACUGCGGGCGGAAGUACACGGUGGUGGCGGCGGAGGGAGUGGCUGAGCCGCCGUGGCUGAACUACGCCGGGAAAUGGGGGCCGGUUAUUAGGUAUUCGGCCGGGAGGGAGGCUGAGGCAGUGAAGGGGGCGUUGAGGGGGAGCUUGAAAGGCAAGUUUGAGAAUGUGGUGGAUUUGCUUCCUGAGGAAGUGUACGGAGAAGAAGGCCCAACUGGCCCAAAGUUGAAAGACAGUUGGAGUGGUGAUGAGAAGUGAUUAUAUAUAAGAAAUAUUUGUACUAAUAACAUUAGUCAUUUCUUUAAAUAGCACUUAAAUUGUUUUAUUUCCUAAAUAAGACUUAAUAAUGUCUAUAAUGUCCAGUGAUGGUAAACAUUUACUUGAAUAAUGACUAAUUGAUAAUGACUAAAAGUGCUACAUUGGG